AUGCCGUGUUUCGCAAGUACUAUCGUAAGAAUCAAAUUCGUAAAACAAUAUGAAAAAGAAAACACUGAUUUUGUGAGAGUUUGGGCUAUUGGUGGAUAUUCUAUCGAACAUGAAUAUUAUGAUAUAGAUAUGACUUUGUUUGUUCCAGUCAAUUUAAGUUUGAGAGAUUUAAAAACUCAAGCAGUAUUUGAGAAAGAUAACUUCUAUUGUGUUGGAGGUAAAAUCACACCAACAUGGAAAAAACAAAAAAGCAAAGUUUCUCAAGAAAUGCCAAAAGAAGUUAAAAAUGAUGAAAAUGCUAUUAUUCAAAUGUUAGUCACUGAUUAUAUCAGUGAAGAGUGUAACUUUACUAUGAAAAUUGUUUUUCUAUAUCUUAAUCCUAGCUCAAGUGCUUCUUUUAAUAGACCUGAGUUCGAUUCAUCAAAUGAUUCACAGUCAUCAAAAUGUGUUCGAAUUGAAGAUGAUGAUGAAGAAGAAUUAACGAAAGAUAAUGCUUAUCAUCAAAAGAAAAAUUCUGAUAGUUGUGAAAAGGGGAAAGAACAUAUUGGUAGAUCCUUGCAUAGCACUUUGAGAUCAUAUGAUUCUUUUGCAAGUGCUUCCAAAACUGAAACCAAAUAG